GCCUUUAUGGUAUUCUCUAAUCGAAGAAGAAAGAUUCUUGCAGCAACCUAUCCAGGAGAAGGCAACAAUAAUAUUAGCACUCGUCUUGGCCGAGAGUGGCGAAACAUGCCUGCAAAUGAAAAGAAACACUAUUUUGAUGAAGCUAAGAGACUGGAUGCAGAACACAAACAGAAAUAUCCAUAUUAUCAGUAUUGCCCGGGUGAAGCCAGGAAGCGGAAACUGCAACAAAAGAUUGUACUCGUGACCUCUGACCAAGAAGAAGAGAAAAAUACUCCAGGAAAAACAACAAAGCAUCGAAAAAAGAACAUGCCCGUCUAUACUGUCAUACCCCCAAAUGGGCCAAACCAGUUGCCAACCUUGCUUCUAGUAAAUCAAAGUGGUGGGCAGACUGUGAGAGACUAUGUCACCCAACACCUGAUGAAAGAACGUGGAAGUCCUACAGAGAUGUCAGGCUGCUGCCACCAGUCUCAAAAUCUGCACUCAUGUGGACCUGUUGGACAUGGACAAUAUGGUCACGUGCCUGAAAGCUAUCAGUUUUCACCUCCCAUGAACCCUGGACCAAGUCAAGGGCAAGCUCCAUUGGACUGCCCUGAACCAUACAGGAUUCUAAAUGGUGCACCGAAUCCUGGUGCACAUAUGUACCACCAUCAUCACCAUCAUCACCUCUCUUACCCUUCGCAGCAAAGACCGAACGAUCAGUGCCAAGUGACACCCAGUGGUCAUGAUAUUAGUGGAAGAGGAACCAGCACCUCAGCUCAUGGUCAGCACCACUACUGCAUCCACAACAUGAAUUCCGAUCAAAGGAGUUCGGCUGCUGUCAAAACAUCAAAGUCUCAGCCACCUCAAAUCAUAUAUGUGCCAGUGGAUCGGGAAUAUGCUAGCUCACUAGGAUAUGCUGACAAUGGAAAUGUCAUAACAGAGGUGGAUGGUGCACAGCCUGCCAUAGGAUCGGCUUUCGAAAAUGAGAAAAACCUUGGUCCAGGGGAGUACAGAGUUCCAUACCAAGGUAACAACACAGAUUCUGUUAGAUAUGGUUAUGAGAGUGAGUAUCAACAUGCUGCCUAUUCCCCUAACCAGUAUUAUACUGGCAAUCAAAGUAACAUGGUAACAACUCCAACUUGGAGCAGACAAGUUGUGCCAGCAGCUCAGGGUAGACCUGAUGUCCAUGAUCUACAGGUACCGCAACGAUACAUUUAUGCUGGUCAUCCCAACUAUGAGUAUGAGAGUAACAACAGCAAUGAUGAGAUGCUCGGCUUGUACAAUACUGGGAGCGCAUCCAUUAGCAAUGAACCCAUUCAACAGAAUUUAACAGAUCUCUCGUCUGCAACCAGCCACGAGACCCUGGAUUCGAAGAGCGCGAUUAGUUUUCCUUCAGAGACUCGUUCCUGUGUGAGCAGUAGUGACUAUGAUAUAGAGGUCCAAUCCGGUGGAAGAAGGAGCAGAGGAGCUGCAUUGGAUUCUUCGUACAGUGACAGGGAGCAGUGUUUCCAAGCACCACAGAUGGCAGCUCCAGUUACAUUGCAGCCUGUAGAGACUGUUCUGCAUCAAGGCGGAGCAGCAAAAAAUUCCUCUUCUGAUAUGAACAUUUACAGGAUUGAUGCUGGAGAUUUAGUUCCCAUCUCCUUAUCAUCAUUGGUUGGGCCACAGUCUGUCCUCCCACCUGUUGAGGGAUGAAGUGGUGACCUUUCUGGUCCAAUACAGCUAGAUACGUCAGAUAUAGACUUUUGUGCAAAGGGAAGAGGCCAUGGACACGGGUGAGGUACAGCAAAUG